AUGUUUGAACUGGCAUCUGGCCAAGAUCUGAUUUUAGCAGGUGAUUUCAAUAUGAAACCUACCGAAAUUCCUUAUCAGAUGCUGACACAGAAAGAGUAUGUAGGUCUUCAUCUAUCAGAAUCUCCCACGUAUAAGACGGCUUAUCGACCAGAUGUGGAAAAGGUUUUGAAAAGUGCCUACGUGGAGAAGAAUGGAGCCGAACCAGUCUAUACUAAUUUUGUCGAUACUCAACGGUCACCCAACUUUUAUGCUACUCUUGACUAUAUCUUCUUUGCCGGGAAUCUUAUGGUCGAAAACGUGCUGGAGUUACCAGAUCAUCCUGUCAGUAAAUCAUAUCCAGACGAAGCACAUCCUUCCGAUCAUCUUAUGAUUGCAGCAACAUUUCGACUGUUCUAA